AUGACCAGCGACUUCACACCAAAAGAUCCCUUCCCAAUCAUUACACCACUCCCCCGUUCACUAUACCCAACAACCUUUCAUUACAAUCCUGUGGAUUUCCGCCGACAAGAUGAAUCUCCUGAUACCGAAUGGUAUUCUCAACCUCGAUUUGUGCAACAUCUUGACGACGGCGCUAUAUCCGUAUUGAAACACUACUAUUCCAGGCGCAUCACACCGCAAUCACACGUUCUCGACAUCUGUUCCUCCUGGGUUUCGCACUUACCAUCGACGCUCAAACCCAAUGUCAUGGUUGGAAUCGGUCUGAACGAAGCAGAACUCAAACAAAAUGAACAUUUAACCAAAUAUGUAGUCAAGGAUUUGAAUAUCGAUCCGAAGUUCGAGGGAAUAGAUGAUGCAACGAUGGAUGUGGUGAUGUGUAAUGUAUCGGUAGAUUAUUUAACGCAGCCGAUAAGGGUUUUUGAGGAAAUGAGGAGAGUUUUGAAAGAGGGGGGAACGGCUCAUAUGGCGUUGAGUUAUCGGUGUUUUCCGACGAAGGUUGUGAGGAAGUGGUUGCAGAUGGAUGAUGCGGAGAAGAGAAGGUGGGUGGGGGGGUAUUUUUGGGCGAGUGGGGGGUGGGAGAAUGUUCAAGAGGUGGUUUUGAAGGAGGGGGGUUAUGAGGAUCCGAUGUUUGUUGUGAGAGGGAGGAAGAUGGGGAAGUGUGGACUGGGUGGGCCUUGA